AUGGAUCCCUCCACAUCUCAACUCAAUCCAAAUCCCAAAACUUCGCAGGAUAUACCAGGACCACAGUGGGACACACCCGAUGGGAAACUUCCAUCUAGACUGUUUGCAACGGGAAGAUACCCUGUUGCAAGUCUAAACUUAUACGCAAAGCUGGAACAUCUGACCUUUCUCCACCACCAUUUGAAAGAUAGUCCAGUCUUCGAUCAGAUCAGGAAAUCUUGCUUUGGGAAACUUUUCGAUAUACCCUCCCCGCGAUGUCCCACUUCUGGCAAAUUGAUACAUCAAUUAAUCACUAGACAACUACUCACGAAGCAAAAACACGAGAUGUGGAUGGUGUUCGGUGGUCAGCCUUUCAGAUUCGGUCUCCCGGAGUUUGAAGCCAUUACGGGACUCCCUUGCGGGGAGUUUGAAGAGGACUGCAUUGAAGAAGUCUCACCACCUCUUGGAACCGACAUUGACGCCACAUGGAGAGAGAUUGUCUCAGAUAAUCCAAACACUACCAUCGACGAUAUCGCCACCUUAUUCAAAAAACCAGAGGAAAUGGAGUCAAUGACAGACGAUCGGAAAUUUAAACUAGCUCUCAUUAUCAUCGUAGAUGGUGUCCUCCUGACCAAACACCAGUUCCCUAAGCCCACAGCCAGAUAUGUGACGAUGCUAUCCGACGUCCAAACAUUCCUUCAAUACCCGUGGGGCCGUGAAUCCUUCAAAGCGACCAUAGAGACGCUGCGCCCAGCUCCCAAAGGGAAAAAAAAUCAGAUAGACCCUAUAAUCAAAUUCCGGCAAAAACUACAAAGUGGGACAAUGCGUCUCCAGGGAUUCCCUAUUGCACUUCAGUUACUGGCAUUCAAAUCCAUUCCAAUCCUUAAGGAAUCGCUUCAAAGCUCUUCCGAAGAACACACUCUUCUUCACAUACCAGGCGAAGAAAUUGCCACUCACGCUGGACUUAAGCUCAAACAUGUUCUCCUCGCCGAGACACAUCAAUCGGUACGUGUUCUUCUCUGUGAGUACACCUUUUGUUGUGUUUGCCCAUACUACCACUAA